AUGAUUUUCCUUUUCUCAGAUCAGCGAGUUCUAGUAGCUCGGGGAGCGCUGGUUCCAGUACCGGCAGCAGCAGCGGCACCAGCAGCAGUGGGAGCUUUGGAUCGAGCUCUUCAAGUUAUUGAACAAGCGAGAUCUUUUUACCAUUUAAAAUUUAUCGAAAAGCUUGGAAGUGGUUCAUUUGGAGAAGCUCAUCUGGUCGCUGAAGUCCACCAAACUCCCGUUGACUCAAAUUGCGGUACAUGGAGUUGCUUGACACGAUUUCGUCAAUAUUAUUUUGUAGGCGGAAAUAGAAAUUCUAAAACAGUUGGAUCAUCCAAAGAUCUCAAGCCGGACAAUAUUCUAUUUUGGGAUACUGAUCAACGUGAUAUCAAAAUCAUAGACUUCGGUAAGACUUACGAUGAUUUUAUCGUCAAUCUAUUUACAACAGGUGUGGCUGAAAUGUUUCGUCAUAUUGACGGGUACAGCAAGAACGCGGCUGGAACGGUAAGCAGCCAAUCGAGCGUCGUCUUUAUUGCUUCGUUCAUCAAGGCGCUUUUUAUGGCACCUGAAGUAAUUGGUCCUCGUUAUCCAUUCAUGAGCACCACGUGGCAAGGCAUCCGAGAAUCGAUUUUGAAUCAGGAGCCCAACUACGAAAAGGACUGUAUGAACGUUUCUCCUGAAGCGGUUGCUCUCAUUAAAAAGAUGUUAAAGAAAAACCCAUCAGAGCGUCCAUCAGCAGCUGAGUGCUUGAGUGAUCCGUGGGUGUUGAGAGCUCGAGGCAAUGAUGCGAUCUACAAGGCACUUGAGAUAUCAGUUGAAGCGUCGACAAACCUGGAAGUGAGAAGUUUAGCGAGAGUGCGAGGCCCUCAGAUCCGUCAAAUUAUUGCAGAUUUCAAGAGAUUAGAUACAGACAAAAACGGUGUAUUAUCUCCUGAAGAGUUGAAAGCAGGAUUAAGAAGUUGCGGGUGGAGAGAUUCAGAUAUUCUCAGGGUGCAGCAAGCUCUCGAUUUAGAGGGCACUGGAAUGAUUCAAUUCACAGAAUUCCUUGCCGCUUGCUACACAUGGAGAAUGAGUGAAAUGAAUGUUGUUUGGUCCGCAUUCAACAAAUUAGACCAAGAUAGAGACGGAAGGAUAACGAAAGAAGAGUUCGCAACUUUAUUUAAAUGCGGAUCCAAAGAAAGUCCUGGGCUGGACGAAUAUGAAAUUAAUUUGUACGUUAAAUCUCCAUUGGUUCCAAUGUGUCUUGUUUCAGAAUUAUGA